AUGCUAACCACCCUUCAGGAGGUAAUAAUGGAUGAAGUGCCCAAGGAUUGGAAACAUUCUCUGACGUUCUCGGGCAUUUUCUUCCGAUCAGGACUACUGCUGAUCGACUGCAUAGAUGAGCAAACCGCAUCCUGGCUGUCGGAGACUGCUCCGCGCCUACAAGGAUGGACUGGGCCAUCACUAUGCACCAGGCGAGGAGAUGACAUACCGAGCACUUACAAUAUGACGGUAUUUCUCCCUAGAUGUGCCGGCAAGACUUCCGAAUAUGUGUUCGGACUGCAAAACGAGGGCCUAAGUACCUCGGCCUGGAGGGUCAUCAGCGACAAAGAUGAGGAAGGGGGGCUCCGACUAAACAUCGGCAUCGACCUAAUCGAUCAGUCCUAUGCCCUAAUUCGCAAAAAAGGAUACCGACUGUACUUCAGAUACAGUACGAUUGUGAUACGGCCCUGGAACAAAAAGGGUACAGAGUCAAAGGAUGACAAAACCAAAACGGUUGCCGAGGUCAGUGCUCCGCCCGUUUCGUCAUCUAGCCUUGAUUGCGCUGCACCAGGUAAUCCGGAGGAGCAGUCCGAGGGGAGUGACCAGAACGCACUGCCAACCACCCAAGAGCUCUUGGACGGACUUGCUCCGGAGGCCAUGCAGGUCGACAAGAACUGCGAGGAGACAGAGGGCAAGCAGAUAAACGAGACCUGCGUGGAGAAGGAACCACUCCUGGAGGAGCCGGUUCUAUGA